AUGCAGGCCGACUCUGAGCUUCGCGAGCGACUAGAACAAAUUUCUGGCGACGGAGGAGCAGCAGGAAUCGAAUAUGAAGAUGGCAAGCCGACUGCCAUGAAGCGUAGCGUGCGAAACAACAUGUUCCGACUAAAGAAGCUUCAGAACAAUCCAAUGCAAAGAAGAUAUGGCUGGUCGCUGAAUCCGGUUGGCAAAUCUACACGUCGAGCGAAGGAUCUACAGAUCCUCGAACUUGCGGAGCUGCCACGCGUCAUUAUCCAACGACAUUCCGAAGAUGCUGAGCAUUCCUCGUUACGCUACCUUGAUGGAGCCGCGCAAGCGACAUGA